UGUCUCAUCCUUGUCAUCCUUCUCUUUUCCGGUCAUCCCUCUGCCUCCGGAACCUCCAUCAUCCCCCACCUGAUGAACAGGGCGGCGCGUAUGUUCAACAGAGCGAGGAAAGCUAGACAAUCGAGAGAAUUCCUACAAGCUCACAACAUGGCGCGCGAGUCAGCAGGCGUGCCACCUCUAGAAUGGAACAAAGGCCUGGCCCGAUACGCUGAUAAAUGGGCUAAACAACGUCAGCCCGAUUGCAAUAUGAUACAUUCAAAUGGGCCUUACGGCGAGAACUUGUUCUGGUACCGGCGUAGGAGGACGUGGUCGAUGGAGAGAGUGGUGACGAAAUGGUUCGAGGAAAGGUUUAACUACGACAUGAAAACAAACACGUGCGCAUCGGGUGAGACGUGCGGCCAUUACACGCAGAUAGUGUGGGGAACCACCACAGCCGUUGGAUGCGCACGCGUGAAAUGCAAUAACGGUCGUGGCUAUCUUGUGGUUUGUGAAUAUGAUCCACGUGGGAAUUACGAAGGUGAAAGCCCUUUCGAUCAAAACAAUUAA